GUUUUUAUGUACCAUAACCACUAAAUUACGGCUUCUUAACUACAAUUGUUCAAUUAUUCUCAGUGGUUUUUUCUGUUAGCUUAGAGCUCACGACAAGAGCUUUGUCGAGUCUCUCAAAAUUUGUUAAAAACCUUUUGUCAUUUUCAGACCAACUCUGUGCCAAUGCAAUUUUCACUACUUAAUUAUUAUGAAUUAAUUUAUUGCCAACGGUUUUUAGCUCAGUAUUGAAUAAAUUUUAAAUUGAAAAAUCAAAACUAAUUAACUUAUUAUCAUUCGAAUGGCACAAAAAAUGAACAGCGAACUUGCGAGAUUACAAAAAAUUGAGAACGAUUUGACUUUUCUCAGCCAGAAUUCAAAAGAUGGAAAUACUCGGAAUUCGAUGUUUCCAAUUUUAGAAGACUUAAAAAUGUUAAUUAACGAAACUUACUUUGAAAAAUGGACGAGCCAAAACGUACCUGAAUUUUUUAUGGGCAACAACUCUGAGCAACGGCUUUCGUCGCCGACCCGUCAAGAUUCAAGCGAUAUUCGAAGCUCAAUCGAAAUUCUUGUCUCUUUUUACCAAAAUUUCCAGCUUUAUUCGACCAUCGGACCCAAUUUAAUCAGUUUGUUGAGUCCAUCACGCGACCAUUUGGAAAACGCGUCAUCGGUCAGUCGGAACAAGAAGUGUGAUUUAGCCCUGAGUAAUCUAGCUAGCCGAUUGAUAACUUUGCAGAAAGAGCAAGGAACACCUCAAGUGGCAAUAAUGAGUGGUCUAUCUGGCAGUGGGAAAAGUUUCAAUGCAAUUCAGUUGGUGCGAUGCAUACUUCAAACUGCCGAUGGAUCAAGUGAUGAAAUUCAACAGGGGAGCAAAUUGGAGAAAGUGAAAGCAUAUCAUCAGUGUAUAACGUUGCUAACCACUUGCUCUUCAAUGGAAAGUGACAACUCAACAAAGCUCGGAACCUUCUACGAAAUCCAACUGGGAAGCGACAACGCAGUAUCCCAGGUCAAGUUUCACCACGUGUUUCUCAACCAGAAACGAUUGGUUGAAACUCCAGUGAAUGAGACAAACUACCAUAUUUUCUACGCAAUUUUAGCCGGUUUAACCGAUGAUCAACUCAUUGCACUGAAAAUACCGACACGCGAUUCCUGUUUCUUUCGAUACCUUUCAAGCGACCUGAUUGGCUCACCGAAGCACACGUUUGAACAGUAUCAGAAAAGGUACCAAAUAUGGGCAAAAGCCUUGGAGUGCAUGAGCAUAAACGAAUUAGACAUUCUAAAAGUCCUAGCUGCUAUCAUGCUUCUGGGAAAUAUUCCAGACAGUCAAAAAAUUUCCUCACUUAGGUCGAAUAAUGGAAUUGAUAUAUCUUUCGAUCAAUACGUUGAGGCUGUCUCGCAGCUUUUAGGAGUUCAAAAAUUUUUCCUGUUGUCGAGUUUAACCAAUAAUACUUAUUCGGAUCCAAAUCGGGGUUCUCAGUUCGGCAGAUUCGGGGAACGUAGCUUUGAUCCUGAAAGUCUGAAACAGACUUGUGACAGUUUGGCCCAGGCACUGUAUACCAGAGUAGUGCUUUCAUUGAUCAAACGAGGAAACAGUCUCAAUAAAUAUGCAGAUGAAAAGCAAAAACUUUCACUUAGUGAAAGCAUUUCAAAGUCGCCGAAAUGGGGCCACUCAAACUUCGGCAACUUCGGAUUUCCGAAACAACCGGACAGACUUGCUGGGAGUUUCCAGCGAACCCUGUCUUUUCAAAGUACCCAACUCCCGCUGAACCAGGACGGAAACUUUGUGGGAGUCUUGGACUUAUUUGGUCCAAAAGCGCCAGCCGAGGGAAGCCAGUACUUGAAUCGACUGGAAAAUUUAUGUGUGAACCUAUGCGCGGAAACAAUUGAGUACUUCUUUAAAACUCACGCCUUCAAAAACAUCAUCGAACAGCACAAAGCGGAGCUGAACGAGCCAAUCAGAAUCGAGUAUUUAGACAACGGUCCGGUGGUGGACCUUAUCUCAAGUCAAAAGUCGGGGAUUUUAGCAGUUUUUGACAGAACUGUGAGUGAAAAAACAAAACCUCUGACAAAUAUUACUUUUUCUUUUGAAGAUAACCCGGGUUAUGAAGCAAGCCAUGAUGGGACUACUUUCACGAUAGAGCAUUAUUCAGAAAGAGUGACUUACAAUGUAGACGCAAUCCGAGCGGAUUUGGAGCCGAAAAUUUCACGUGACAUGGUGUCUAUGUUCAGCUCGUCCAACUGCAGUUUCCAGUUUGCGUCUCACUUGUUUUCGAAUGAGCUGAAAAUAGUGGCGCACACAUCCGAAAACGAAAAUCAGUGGUUUCGACUGACUCCAGUGUCUGGCUCAGAAGUUAUAGAAGGUCAAUGUUUGUCUUACUGUCAGGAUUUUCACUUCAAACUAGACUCCCUUCUCAAAGUCCUCGUCAGGUCCAAACCCACCUUCGUGCGGUGCAUAAAACCCGACAUAAACUCCUAUUCGUCGUCAUUCAACGAUCCAUUCGUAGCCGAGCAAUGUUUCCACAUGCGAAUUCCUCAACUAGUCAACACAGUCAAAAAUCACCUUAUUCACAAAAUGAGGUACAAAAAUUUUGUGAAAAAGUUUGAACAAUUUUUGUCCGAUGAAAGUUCAAAAAGGUUCACAUCGGUUGAAGAAAAAGCCAGUGUUAUAAUGACUUUGGUUGAGCGAUCGCUUCCAAAAGUUUCACAAAACCCAAUAAAAUGCGCUUCAAAACGAAAGUACGUUUUCUUUUCCGAUGGUUUUUUACGUCAAGCCGAGUUUUGCUGCGCCAACCAAAUCAAAAGCACUUCAAAUACUUUGCUUACAAAGCCAGUUAACAUUCAACCGGUUGCUAAAAAUACGGCAAUAGUUGAGCCUCAAUACAGGAAUUCGAAAAAAGAGACCUUUAUUUCCGUUACUGCAAAGCCAACUGUAAUCCCAAGACACACGAGAAUUUCGACAACUUCGAGCUGGGAAGAAAAACCCUCUUUGCCGUAUCAGAAAACUCAAAAGGAUCAAAACGAAGCUCGCAUCUCAUUCAAAAGUAAAAGUAGGUUUGAGCAAGUUAGCAAAGUGAGUAAUAUUUUGGGAGCCUACUAUAGACCUCAGUUGCCGAAAAAUCGAAGUUACGCAAUAGUUCUCAACGGAAGUAGAAAAGUGAACUACCCUCACUUGCGAAUCAUGACCGAAAACUUCCCUUCGUCUGCUAAUUUUUCAAUCAAUGAGAACCGACUAGGCGGCUCCGCGCCAAUCACAAACCCAGGUGAAUACUUUUUGUUCGCACGCGGAAAUUUGCUGUUUAAGGGGGAAAACGUGGAGUCGGUUGGGCCAGGCGAUGGACCUUCAAGGCAGGGUCGAAUUACUGUGAUGAAAGAUGGAUCGGUACACCAUAUUCCUCUUACGGCUUCCGAACCCAUUUAAAGUCUAAUCAGCUUUCAAUUUGUAUUCUCGACAAAACAGCUUUUUUAUAUUGUACAAUUAAGUGCAAUUUAUUUUUAU